AUGGAUAACCCAGACCCUUUACUCAGCGAACUAUGCUCAAUAUGCCAUGUUAACCCCCCAAAAUACCGCUGUCCACGCUGCUCAACCCGCACCUGCUCCCUCCCCUGCACAAGGCGCCACAAACUCUGGUCGCAAUGCUCCGGCAUCCGUGAUCCAGCCGCCUACCUCAAGCGUAGCGAACUAGCCACCGAAUCGGCCUUCGAUCGCGACUUCAAUUUUAUCACGGGCGUUGAGCGCUCACUCGAGCGCGCCGAUCGAGAGGUGGAGAAUCGGGGAAUUGAUCUUGCGCGCGGACAGCUUCCCACCGGUGGCGAUGGAGAUGAUGCGCAAGAGACCGGACCUGGUCGGAAGAGAAAGAUUCCGCAGCAGGGUCUUGUGAAGGGUGAAGCUGGAUUUUUGCGCCGUGCGGAGGCUGGUGCUGUUACGGUGAUUCGGGCGCCGAGGGGAAUGUCGAGGAAUAAGUUGAAUAACUCGCGAUGGCAUCCGAAGCACAAGUGUCUUAGUUGGUGCGUUGAAUGGAUUUCUGCGACUGGGGAGAAGGUUUUGAAGAAUUGUUUGGAGGGUCAGGCUAUUGCUGAGGCUUAUGAUCGGGGAUUUCCGCAGCCUAAACAGGAGAAACUGGAUCUUGAAUCGUCGAAGGACGAGAAACCGCUGCAGGAGGGUGAUGCAGCGCAGGAUUCGGCGGAUACAGCGUCCGCUGCUACGCCGGUGAAUGCUACCGAGUCUACAGAAGGGCUAUCAGCACAACCAUCUGCAUCGGAACCAGUCGAUCCUUCUGCAGAAACAGCGGAAGAGAAAUCACAAAACCUACCAAUUGGCCCGCAUCGUGGUCUAUACUUCUACCUCCAUCGUCCACGAACGACCGUCAAGAAGCCCGUCUUGGUACCGCUGGCGCCAUUAAUGACACUAGCAGCGGCACUGCGGGAACGGACAGUCAUGGAAUUCCCAACAAUAUAUGUGCUGCCAGACUCUCCGGAAACACUACUUGCAGAGAAGGAUUCAUCUACGUUUGUCCUGGAAGAAGAAUACAUACGCAUUGUUGGUCCAGAAGCAGCCGCGGAGAAGUUGGAAACUGAGCAGCACGAGACUGAUGCUGAAGCCUCCGGGUUGCCUGGAUCCUCAGUUGAUCUGCAGAAUGUGGACGAGAACAAGGUGUUGGAGGUGUUGAAGCAGGAUCUCUUUGAGCCGGAAACAUGA